AUGACUGACUCUCCCCCACCUACCCCAACCGCCCCUUUCAAACAGAGGUUGAAGAACUGUAUCUCACCUGGCGAGUAUCCUGAUGCUUACCGGCCUGGAGGCUAUCAUCCGAUUGACCUGGGAGAUACUCUUAACGAUGGCCAGUACAAGGUCAUUCGAAAGCUUGGAGACGGAUGUUUCUCCAUCGUCUGGCUCGCCCAUGACUUGAUAAACGCGCGAUAUGUAGCCCUGAAGAUCCUUGUCUCGGAUGAGACAGAACAGUCCCAGGAAGUAGAGAUUUUACAACAUCUUGCCAAGGUCGCUCCCCUCGAAUCAUCGCAGCGGACCACGCAGCUUCUCGCCGAAUUUGAACAUAAAGGCCCCAACGGUACACAUAAAUGCCUUGUCUUCGAACCCAUGGGACCGUCUGUCAAUCAAAUGCUUCUGGAACUUGCCUACGGAGGGACCAAGUGGCCAAGUGAGGUAAAGUAUCCGCCCCAGACGGCGAAGCGCAUCCUCCGAGACUCAUUGAAAGGGUUGGCGUUUCUUCAUAAGCAUGGUAUCGCCCACGCAGACUUUCAACCUGGAAAUAUGCUAUUCUCGCUCAACAACAUCGAUUCCUGUGACGAAGCAACCCUACGUCAGAAGGAAACGCCGAACGAGCGCUAUCGUAUCAAGAGAAUUGAUGGCAAGAAAGACAGAUGGGCACCCAAAUAUCUGUGGACUGCAGAGCCGCUAACGGACUACACGAGUAUUGACGAAAACCUCAAAAUUAAACUAGCUGACAUGGGCGGCGCAUACUUCCUCAACGACCCUCCCAAGGACUCGAUAGUUCCUCGUGCCCUUCGCGCCCCAGAGCUAGUCCUCAAAGGAGAAAUCGACAAGACCCAGGAUAUCUGGAGCUUCGGGUGUCUUGUUUUCGAAUUGUUCGCCGGAAGGCCUCUCUUCUACGUAUUUGGUGGCUCAGCCGAAGACGAUCCUUCCUUGCUAGAUGACGAAUAUCUUCUUGAGAUCGUGGAUAGUCUUGGUCCACUUCCCGAUGAGCUUUACAGCCACUGGAAGACCUCUUCGCGCUAUUACACCCAGGAUAGGACUAAGUACAAUUGUAUGAUCGGUGGUGUUCCUGAGGGUGAGGAGCCGCUUAUGCUAGAACAAUGUUCCAUGGAACAAGCCUUCCACGAGAAGAGUCCCGAACUGACAGAGGAGGAGGCGCAGGAGGUCAAGACACUCGUCCGAUGGAUCCUUCAGUACGAUCCGGCCAAGAGACCCUCGGCUGAGGAGAUCCUCCGUCAUCCAUGGUUUGCGGAAGACUCAACUGAGCAGGCAGAGUAA